AUGGUUUUCCCCCGUCUCCCCCGGCGAAUGAGGAGUCGCCCCCGUGCCCCCUCCUCUCGGACCCUCCCCCGCGCGCGCGCAUGCGCAGUCGGGCCGCGGCGGCUACUUAAGGCGCAGCCCCGGCGGCUGCGGCAGUGCGCCCAGCCGCGGACUCGGAGCCCAGCGCCUCGGGUAGCCCUCGCUCUCCGCACCACCCGGCACCACUCUCGGAACCAUGGCGGCAGUGGCGGCGGCCUCGGCGGAGCUGCUCAUCAUCGGCUGGUACAUCUUUCGCGUGCUGCUGCAGGUGUUCCUGGAAUGCUGCAUUUACUGGGUAGGAUUCGCUUUUCGAAAUACUCCAGGGACACAGCCCAUUGCGAGAAGUGCUCAGGUACUCCCUGCAGAAGCUGGCCUACACCGUGUCGCGGACCGGGCGGCAGGUGCUGGGAGAGCACCGGCAGCGAGCCCCCCACUGAGACCCCAGCCCCCAGCCCUGGGCGGCCGUGUCACCAGGUGCUCCUGUGCCUCUCGGCCAGCAUGGGAGCCCGUGCCGCGCAGGAACGGGGUGGCCCCAGUGCUCGCUCGCCAGAGGAGCACUUGCCAAGGUCAGUGAGGGCCCCAGUGGCCCCCGGAGAAGCAGCACCGAUAACGACACCACCAGAUACCUCCCGGACCCCUUCGCACCGGUCCCACUGCCGGGCGGGGUAGAGGGGGGAGGGGGGAUGGGAGGAGCAGCCCCCGAGAUCUGGGCACAGGCACAGGCACCGCAUUCUGAUCUGGACCAAGUCGGG